CAGAAUUUUCAGCUGGGGGUCACUCCAAAUUCCGUUCCAAGAAAUCUUCAGGAACCUUCACGAGUUCUCAUACAUAUAGCUACUGCAGCACUCUUCAAACAAGAAGUUGAUACAAGGUCAGCCAAGAAAGAACCCGAUGGCAUCCAACCAAAAGCUCCUCUUCCUCUGCAGCGCCGCCGUCCUGCUCUCCGCCCUGAUCACGGCAGCCGCAGCGGACGGCGUACAGGAGGAUGAUCAGAAUGGGGAGUGGUGGUGCUACCCAGGGAAGGCGUUCCCGCACAACCCGCUGGGCAGCUGCCGGACUUACGUGAUCAGCCGGGCCUGCCACCGCGGGCCGGGGCUGCCGAUGCUGGUGAAGGAGCGGUGCUGCCGUGAGCUCGGGGCCGUGCACCCGGACCGGUGCCGGCGGGAGGCGCUGCGCGUGCUGAUGGACGGCGUGGUCGUGGAAGGGGGCCGCGUCGUGGAAGGCCGCCUCGGGGACCUCCGGGGCUGCCCCAGGCAGAUCCAGAGGGGCUUCGCCGCCACGCUACUCACGCCCGGCGAGUGUGGCUUGCGGGCCUAGUUGGGCCGUCUCCGGCUCCGGCUCCGGCCGGGUAGACGGACCCACGUGAAGGCCCACGACAGAGGCUACGUGCGCGCGCACGCGUGCGUGUCUUGGUGACGUGUAACGUUCGGUUUGUUCAUGAAUAAGUAAACGUUUUGCGUUGAUGUGUCCAGUGAAAUAACCUGCUGAUCUAAGCACCUGGGUGUGUUUGAUUGAACUCAUGUUUGUCCUAUCAAAAAUUGGCAAGCCAAAUAAUUAGUUGUAGCAUGGGUUGCCUUUGAGUUGGU